UCCGCUGUCUGUGUUUCAGGUGUUCUGGAGAUCAGGACGGUUUCUGAGGGAGGCGUGUUGGCCAUAAAAGGCCUGAAGAGCCAGUAUUAUAUUUCCAUGAACCGAACCGGAAUGUUACAGGGCAAAAAAGACUACAACGACAGCUGCAACUUCAAAGAAGUGUUUUUAGAGAACUACUACACAGCGUACGCUUCUGUCAGAAAGACCAAAGACGGAAAAGAGAUGUUCAUCGCUCUGUCGAAAAACGGCCGGCCGCUGAAAGGAAAGAAGACGCGGAGAGAGAGCAUCACUUCUCACUUCAUCCCUCGCAAGUGCCGGGAAGACGAGAAGACACUGGCGUGAAGAUGCAUGCGAGAUCACUGUCAGUGUGAAGCAUGUUUUAUAUCACUGUAAACCCUAACGCUCAAAACAAUGAAUUGGUUUGAGUAGAGCCAACUCAAAUUAGUUCCAUCAAAUUAACUUUUAUGAGUAUUUAGAACUUUCUUUUUCUUUUGAGUUCACAAACUGACACAUUUUAAGUAAGAGUUUUGAGUUUUAUGAUCUGGUUUAUUUUAAUUUAGAUAAACUUAAGUUUAACUGAAACUGGGAUGGGAUUUCCCAGCAUGCUUUAUCAUGACAUUCAAAAGGGAGAGUAAAU